AUGACUCUGACCGUUACCAUUUCCUCAGCCUCCAAGUCAGCUGUGGCACUGGAAUUCCCGGGGAAAUCUGCUUCAGAAGUCACCAUACGCGACGUCAAAGUUGCAUUGGCCUCGAAAGUGAAGAAACUGUAUGUUGAACGCCAGAAGUUAUCGCAGGAAGGGGACAAAAAAGCACUCGAUGACGGCUUGAAGUUGACCGAGGUUGGAUUUGACGCGAGAACUGAGCAGUGCCGGCUCUCGGUGAAGGAUCUGGGCCCUCAGAUACAAUGGAGGACGGUCUUCAUUGUAGAAUACCUGGGACCGAUUCUCAUACAUCCUCUCAUAUACUAUCUUCCGAGGGUCUUUUACGGAAGUGAGGUCCAGCAUAGCGCUGUGCAAAGUUAUGUAUUUGCUUUUGUCGUACUGCAUUUCCUCAAGCGAGAGCUUGAGACCCUCUUCGUGCACCGGUUCUCGCACGCAACAAUGCCCGCAAAAAACAUCUUCAAGAACUCUGCGCACUACCAUAUCUUCAGCGGUUUGCUUUUGGCAUAUGACAUCUAUCGCCCCAAAUACGCGUCAGCCUCCAAUUUCAUCGUAAACACGUAUAGAAACAACCCACAGUUUCUCAACGCCUGCGCCGCUGUGUGGCUGUUCGCCGAACUGUCGAACCUCUCGACGCAUCUGACCCUGCGCAGUCUUCGACCUGCAGGAACAGGAAAACGCGGGAUCCCUUACGGGUACGGGUUUGGUCUCGUGUCGUGCCCGAAUUAUUUGUUCGAAACCGUCGGAUGGUUGGUCAUUUGCGUUAUGACGAACAGCAUCGCGGCCUGGCUGUUCUUCGUCAUUUCCACAGGUCAGAUGGCGAUUUGGGCUGCCAAAAAGCACCGUAAUUACAAGAAAGAGUUUGGGAAGGAUUAUCCGAGAGGUAGAAAAGCCAUGAUUCCGUUCAUCUUCUGA